ACCAACUGGAUUUGGAUUUUUUUGUUAACGGCAGUUGAAGCAGCGUGGUGGCUGUUUGCAACGACUGAGCGUCCCGUCCCGUCCCGUCCCGUCCUGAAGGUUUUGGACGAGUUAGGCAAUGUAAAGUUCUGCAUCGAUGCCAGUCAGCCUGAUAUAGGGAGCUGGCUCAAAUACAUCAGAUUCGGACGGAGCUAUGAUCACAACCUAGUCGCAUGCCAGAUAAAUGAUCAGAUUUUUUACAGAAUUAUACGAGACAUCAGCCCGGGGGAGGAGCUCUUGGUGUUGAUGAAGAGUGGAGGCUACCCACAAGAAACAAUGGCUCCAGAGAUACACGAGGAGCGUGAGUAUCGUUGCGAUGAGUGCAAUAAGCUCUUUGAGUGCAAAGCAGAGCUGCUGGACCACCAGAAGUUUACCUGCAGCGGUUCCCCCACCGCAUUCUCCAUGGUAGAUGAAGACUUCAAACCGAAGCUGAAUGGUGAAGAUGAACUUCACGAGUGUAAGGAGUGUGAUGGAGUCUACCCAGAUGCUCAAAGCAGCCUGGACAGACACCUGCUGACGCACACGGAGGAGAGAGAAUACAAGUGCGACCAGUGCCCUAAAGCCUUCAACUGGAAGUCGAAUCUCAUUCGUCACCAGAUGUCACACGACAGUGGCAAGCACUACGAAUGUGAAAACUGCGCCAAGCAGGUUUUUACAGACCCCAGCAAUCUGCAGAGACACAUUCGCUCACAGCAUGUUGGUGCUCGGGCGCAUGCCUGUCCGGAAUGUGGAAAGACAUUCGCCACUUCCUCAGGUCUCAAGCAGCACAAGCACAUCCACAGCAGCGUCAAGCCAUUCAUUUGUGAAGUUUGUCACAAAUCAUACACACAGUUUUCCAACCUGUGCCGCCAUAAAAGGAUGCAUGCAGACUGCAGAACACAAAUCAAAUGCAAGGACUGCGGUCAGAUGUUCAGCACGACCUCAUCAUUAAACAAGCAUAGACGAUUCUGUGAGGGGAAGAACCAUUUCACCACGGGGGGCUUAUUUGGUCAAGGCAUUACCCUUGCAAAUGCUCCAACUCUGGAGAAGUCCAGUUUGGUUAACUUGAAUCACAGCAAUCCUGGCCUUGCUGACUAUUUUGGUGCAAACAGGCACCCGGCUGGACUUACUUUCCCAGCAGCCCCUGGCUUUCCAUUUAGCUUUCCUGGUCUGUUUCCCUCAGGACUUUACCACAGGCCACAGUUGAUACCUGCUAGCUCACCGGUGAAAGGGCUAUCAGGCACUGAACAAAACACCAAACACCAAAGCCAGUUGUUGUCAUCAUCCCAGGCGCUGCCAAACACACCGGACGCUCUGAAAGCAGCGAGUCGGCAGUCAUCUUCAGAUGAAGUUCGACCCCUGGAGGUUCCAUCUGAGAAGUCUUCUGAGGAGAAGCCACGGGGUAAAACUAGUGACCAAUCAGAGAGCAGUGACCUCGAUGAUGUCAGUACACCCAGUGGCAGCGACUUAGAGACGACCUCCGGAUCUGAUCUGGAAAGUGACAUUGAAAGUGACAAAGAGAAAAAUAAAGAAAAUGGCAAAACUGCAUCAGAGAAAGCAAAUAGCCCCCAGAAAGUAGUCCCUACGAACAACAAUAAGAGAGAAUUUUCCAACCACUCACUUUUCUCCCCCCCACUGGAUGAGCAGAUUGCAGUGACAGGAGCUGUUAAUGACUCUAUUAAGGCUAUUGCUUCUAUUGCUGAGAAGUACUUUGGUUCUACUGGACUUGUUGGCAUGCAAGAUAAAAAAGUAGGGCCUCUGCCAUACCCUUCCAUGUUCCCUUUUCAAUUUUUCCCUGCCUUUUCUCAACCAAUGUACCCAUUCCCAGAUAGAGACUUAAGUUCUGUACCCUUAAAAAUAGAGCCCCAGUCACCCAGUGAGCUGAAGAAGCUGAGGAAUGCGAAUUCCGAAUCACCCUUUGACCUCACCACCAAACGCAAGGAGGAGAAGCCAAUGCCACCUGUGACCUUAAAGCCACUGACUUCUCAUUAUGCAAGUGAAGAGCAGCCACUUGAUCUGAGCAUGAGCAGCAGAAGCCGGGCCAAUGCAAGCACCGUGGUGGAGCCCCGAAAGAAUCACGUGUUUGGGGAGAGGAGGGGCUCCAGUGUUGAGCAAGCCAAAAGCUCAGACCAUUCUCUGCAGCAUGCCAAACCAACCCCUUUCUUCAUGGAUCCUAUAUACAGUAGAGUGGAAAAAAGGAAACUUUCUGACCCAGUUGAAGGACUGAAGGAGAAGUACAUGAAGCCUGCUCCAAGUUUCCUAUUCCAUCCACAGUUCCGCUUGCCAGAUCAGAGAAUUUGGAUGUCAGCGAUUGAGAACAUGGCAGAGAAGCUGGAAGGUUUCAGUUCACUGAAGCCAGAAGCCAAUGACCUCCUCCGGUCUGUCCCCUCAAUGUUUGAUUUUAGGGCUCCCCCGUCUGUCAUUCCAGAAAGCCUGCUGCGAAAGGGCAAGGAGCGGUAUACCUGCAGAUACUGUGGCAAGAUUUUCCCAAGAUCUGCAAACUUGACCCGGCACCUUCGGACACACACUGGAGAGCAACCUUACAGGUGUAAAUACUGUGACCGCUCAUUCAGUAUCUCCUCCAAUUUGCAACGGCAUGUGCGCAACAUUCACAACAAGGAAAAACCAUUCAAGUGCCACCUCUGCGACAGGUGCUUUGGUCAACAAACCAAUCUGGACAGACAUCUUAAGAAGCACGAGAAUGGAAACAUGUCAGGGACUGCAACAUCUUCACCUCAUUCAGAAAUAGACAGUAGCAGUGCUAUUCUGGAUGAUAAGGAAGAUUCCUACUUCACCGAAAUUCGGAAUUUCAUUGGAAACAGUAACCACACUGAAUGUUCCCCAGGGCACUUAGAGGAGAGAAUCAAUGGUAGUCAUUAUGAGGAGAAAAAUCUCGUGACGAGUCAGAAAAUUCAUGAACUGGAUGAUGAUGAUGGAGAAGAUGAUGUGGAGCUGGAGGAAGAGGAAGGAGUCUGUAAUCCAAUGAGAAAACCAGCCAAUGAUCCAGUUGUUUGUAAGCUGGAUGGAGGAAAUCAAGAUGGUUCUGAAUAUGAGGCAAGGGAGCCAGAGCAGGACAGCAAGGAAUCUCCUAGCAGUUAUAAAGCAGAUGACGUGAGACUUGAAAACAAGAGCAGUCUUUCCGCCCUGGAACACAUCCGGCACUUCACAGACAGCCUCAACACAAGGAAAGCUGAGGGAAGCCAGUUCGUUGAGGCCGAUCUGAACACAUACAGCACUACCCAUCUGUCUGAGGAUCUGAAGCAGCCCUUAUACAGGAAAUCCAAGUCACAGGCAUAUGCCAUGAUGCUAUCUCUGUCCGACAAGGAACCUAUCCACUCCGCAUCCCACAGUGCCCCCAACAUGUGGCACAGUCUGCCGAGAGCUGCAACAGAGCCCAGCGCCCUGCAAUCCAUCAGCCAUGUAUGACACUUCGCAAUAACCGGAUGGGACCAAGUCCAGCGUCGUACAUAGCAUGACAUUUCGUUUUUUGAUUCUUUUAUUUUUACCCUUUCCUUUUGUGUCUAUUUAUAGAGAGAGACUCCUGAGCAGAAAGCCUUAGAAAUCUGCUGGGUCACCCCAAUCGGAAUUUUGUGACCUUAAACUGACAGUUUAAAAAAAAAUGAAUUGUAUUUAUUCUCCUAGUAUUUUGUUUUGCACAGCGAAGGCAGCUGCGUUGUUAUGAGGAUCAAUGCAACUCAAAGUAGUUCAACUAGGAACUGGGUGCUCACGUCUCAGCGGCCCAGGAGAGCGUCUUCCAUUGUACUCACUGGGAGAGGGUUUGACCAUUUUCAAUGUAUCUGAGCACUCAACUUAUUGAAAACUAAAUCAUUUGUAUAAAAUUCAUUUUAUGGGGGAGUUUGGGCGACAUUGUCUCUUCCUGUACAAAUCUACUAUUUGCAUUAUUUUUCAGUUCUUUUAAGCACAAAUCAAGAUGACUUUUAUUGUUGUGUAAUUAAAAGUCUGCUUCAUAAAACAAAGACAACACUGAAGAUCUCCAAUCUACUUUCAAAAAUAAAUGUUUCUUCCCCCCUGGAAAUUUUCCAAAUUAACUUUAAUUUUAGACAAUCAUUUUUAUAAUUUUUUUUAAAAAAACGUGUGUGCAGCACUGUGCUAUUUAUUUGUUCAUUUAGCAAUCUCACACUGUUCAGUCCACACACAAGCAUACACACAUACUGACAGGUGCUUUGUAUCACAGGUUGAGAUGUUUGAU